AAGCAUAUUGCAGCCUGUGAGUCUAAACUCAGGGUUUUCGUGAGUAUGAGACUGAGCCUAGCCGGGUUCCGUACCACAGCGCGUUUACAAAACGUAAAUAAACCGAGCAUCACUUUAAUUGUGGAUGUGGAUGAGAUCCACACAUGGACAAGACCAGCCGACGGUCCGGAGGUAAACUGCACCUCCACCUGGGAUCUCUUUGAUUUCACCGCUCAGAACCAGCUGCCGCUCACUUCCGGCUCGGUUUCAUAACGUUUUAAGGAACUUAUGUAAGUUUCUGAGAGGUGUCAAAGUUCGGACAGCUGGUUCUGAAGUCUCUGAUGUUGGAGAUGUCUGCGGUCCGACAGGCUGUGCAGGAGGCCUUCUGGGCCAUGUGUGCCGCAGACUCACUGUCCAUGCCAGUCCACUGGUACUACGACGUCCUUGACAUCAAGAGGGACUUUGGAGGCUGGAUCUCAGGCUUCAACUCGCCCGCAGAGAGGCACCCAUCCAGCAUCCUGACCCUGUCCAACACCGCCGGCAGUGGGCGGACCACCUGGUCCACCGGUACCAAAGGGGCCAGUGUUGUCGGUGACGUCAUCCUCCAUGACAAGCUGGACUUGUGGAAGUCCUCCAAAGGCUCGGUCCAUUACCACCAAAGUCUUCGGGCCGGGGACAACACCCUGAAUGUCCUCUGUUCCCUGCGAGCGGCUCAGACUCUCGUCCACGGACGUUUCAGCGACGUCUCCCAGCCGGACGCUAGAGCCGCCGUGCUCUCGGACUACGUCCACUUCCUGACCACACCCAGCUCCCACGCUGACACCUACGCCGAGUCGUUCCACCGGUCGUUCUUCGCCGACUGGCGGGACCGCAGACCAACCUGUCCCCGUGAGGUUCUAAUGUUUGCAGAGACACGUUCCAGACGAAUGCUGAGCUCUCCGUUUCCUGACGGCCAGCUGGACGCCAUUGGCUGCCUUCCCAUGAUCCUCCCCUUUGUUCUGCUGUCAGCCAAUGAGGAGCAAGCUGUGUCGGCCGCGGUGGAGUUCGUAAAACUCACCCAUCCUCACCCCAAUGUGCCAAAGUACGUGUCCAUCUACAGUCGAGUGUUGCACGCCGUUGUGGGCGGAGCCAGCGUCCGCCAGCAGGCUGAGCAUGCUUUGAGGACACUGGAAACCUGGGACACCUGCCAGAGCUUCAGCCGCAAGGCUGCCAGGUUCCCGGUGUCCUCUGAGGACAGACUGAAGGUCCAUCAAAGAGCUGUGGACCACCUGGGACUGGCCUGCUACAACAAAGGUGCUCUGUCCAGCUUGUUCUAUUUAGCUCAUGAGUUUCACGAUGACCUGAAAGGAGGAAUCCUGACCAACACCAACUGUGGAGGUGAAAACUGUAACCGCGGGGCCGCGCUCGGGGCCCUGCUGGGUGCUGGAGCUGCCCAUGCCGGAGCAGGAAUCCCACCUGAGUGGAAGGAGGAGCUGAGAGACGCUCAGGGGUUCCUCCCCGACAUCCUGAAGGAGCUGUGAUGAGCGCAGCGCCGCCCCCUGAAUGAUGGGAGGAAAACUGCAACAAGCUUUAAAAUCUAAUUGUACUUUAUUUAUUCAUUUUAUUUUUUUUAAUGAAGUAGUUUAGUUUUAGUGAGCUUUAAGCAAAUAUUUAUACAGGAAAACUUCAAAUGAUUAUUAAAUAUAUUUAUUAUUUAUGAAAUAUUUCUUUAACUUGUUUUUUAAUUUGCAGACUUUAAACAAAUGGUACUUUGUGUUUAACUAUAUAAUUAAAUUUAUUAAACAAAACUACUAUUGA